AGGCGCGCUCUCGCUGCUGUUCAGCAUCUCGGGCGGCGGCGUCGGCGGCAGAAAUGCGGCAGUGCCGGUGGUGAAUGGGCCUCUUCAUCCCUCGGACUCAACACCCCCGAUCGAUUCAGCAUCCGCCGGCCUGACAUGGACCUGUCCAGGAUCCCGCCGUCCACUCACGGGCACGACUUCCACUGCGGCCUCAGCAGGGUGGUGAUGGUGCGCAAGACCGAGCAGAGGACCUUCGUCCAGGCAAAGGCGGGCGCGGCUCCCCAAUUGGAGACGGUUACCAGGGAAACCGUGGAGACCUUCAGCGGAGGUCGCCGGGUCACCACAUCUGAGAAGAGAGAUGUUCAACCUGCGCCGCCUGACGCACUUCUCUUACCCAGGUCAAAUGGGCCGAGCAAGAGCAUCAGUCCGCGCUCAUCGGUGAGUCCACAGGAGCCACGCUCACCGGGCAACACUUUGGAACGGACGCCGACCAUUCCGCGCGCCAAAUCGGACUAUCGCAUCAAAAGCCGGAAAGACUCAAUGAACGACGGUCUGGACGAAGACUUUGCCCUUGAAUGCCUGAGAGCGCACAAUGAGUAUCGGGCAAAACACGCUGCACCACCCUUGCGACUCAACAAAAAGUUGUGUAAGCAUAGCGCUGACUGGGCACGACGACUGGCCAGCAGAGGCCACUUAGAGCACCGGCAGAACUCGGACUAUGGCGAGAACAUUUUUUGCAGCUGGUCAUCCAGUCCGAACCACACAGUCACCGGUAGGGAACCCGUCGACAACUGGUACAUGGAAAUCAAAGAGCAUCCUUUCGGAAAAGAACCCAAGAACCUUAAAUCAGGACACUUCAGUCAAGUUGUUUGGCGCGAUAGUCGUGAGCUCGGCGUGGCAGUGGCGCACAGCAGGAACGGCCAAAUCUUCGUCGUGUGCAAUUAUUUGCCACCAGGAAACUUCAUCGGCAGCUUUACCGAGAACGUACCUCCGCUUGGGGGUUUCCCAAAGGACAGACUGAUAUCUCCCGGAUCGGAAAGUGACGCGAGCAGUAUCGACCUGGAGGAAUUUGUGAAAGAGGGUCUUAAGGUUCACAACGACUACAGGAAAAAACACGGAGUGCCUGAACUUGGCAUCAGUGAUGAUUUAUGUGCUUACGCGACUGAAUGGGCGAAGACUUUGGCGAAAGAGGAUCGCUUCGUGCACCGGCCAGAUGCCAAGUAUGGCGAGAACAUUUUCUCCGUGUGGUCAUCCGACUCGACUGCCUCAGCAAAGGAGGCUUGUGACUACUGGUAUAAAGAGAUCCGCAAUCACACAUUUGGAAUGGAGCCCAAGAUUCUCAUGACUGGCCACUUUUCGCAAAUGAUCUGGAAGGCAAGCCGAGAACUGGGCCUGGGACUAGCGCGUGGCAAGAACGGGCGCAUCUUCAUCGUGGCCAACUACCACCCACGAGGCAACGUGAUGGGCCAGUUCGUAGCCAACGUGCCUAGACCCGUCUGAACUUCGCUGCGGCGCGGAGCCCAUAUGUCCCCAAUGGCAUUUCGUCGCCGCGCCGACCUCCCGCGAGUCAUUUUCCUCCAAUAGCCACUUUGAUGCAAAACGAGACUUCCCAUUAUACGAUAGAGGGUUGUGAUUUUCUGCGCAAAAUGCGACUUGAAUUUCGGAACUUUCCAGAGUUUAAUCAAAAGAAUGCUGAAUUGCAGAGUUAAAAUUGCAGUAUCGCUUGAAAAUUAUUUUCACAGGACGAAAUUUCUCCAAUCGAAACAUUAUUAUAUAUCGUCCAAAAUUUCGCAACCCUUCGUCACUUGCUAUGUAAAAAUGCAGCAAAUUUCUUAGGUGCGCUUAUAGCCGCCUAGAAGCAUGUUAGCUGCCUACUUUGUACAAGACAAACUUAAUAUUCAAAUCAUUUGGUCGAAUUUCAAGCUCAUCUUUUGCUGUGCUUCCUUUUUCUAUUAUAGUAUUAUCACCUAACUUCUCUCGAUUCAACAAAUAUGUCAAUUAUUUAGUUUAUUUUAGUUUGUAUUUCUCUGAAAUCGUAAAAACGAUUUAGUUUUAUUAAGGCAUUUUAUAGGAAUUAACAGCACUUAUAUUUAUUUCCUAUUAUGUGAUAUAUAUUGUAUCUCCGAAAAAGACAUUUACUGGCGAUAUAUACAUCUAAAAUUAAAACCAAGUUAAUCAGCACGCAUACAUUCCAGCUCCACUUUUGCACACACGGAACCAAAGAUAUGAACCGAUUACGGAGCAGCUUCCAAUGUUAAUCAAUAUAUUCCAUAGUUCUUUGUCCACUACCAUUGGUGCUGAAGAUAAUUUGUACCAAUCUGUGAUAAACCGAAUUUGAGACCUUCAAAUAAAAGGCUCCGGAACUUGAUUUUGGCUUUACUUGAUGGUUUAUUGACGAAUCGAUCAUGUUAUAAUUAACAACAAACAAUAAAUCAGGCGUGUUUUGCCACACAAGUGA